CUUCCAACCACAACAUAACAUCCUGGUGUCUCACACACACUUGCAUUAUUGCACGCACCACCUUAAUGGCCCUCGACACAGUCCUCCUCCGCGAGCUCGCCGCAGCGGCUCUCCUCUUCCUCCUCACCCACUUCUUCAUCCGUUCCCUCCUCUCAAAGCCCUCCCGCCAGCUCCCACCCGGCCCAAGAGGGUUGCCGCUCAUUGGUGCCCUUCCCAGCCUAGGCAACAUGCCCCAUGUUGCACUAGCCAAAAUGGCCAAAAAAUAUGGACCUGUCAUGUACCUCAAAAUGGGCACUUGUAGUAUGGCCGUGGCGUCCACUCCGGACGCUGCUCGUGCCUUCUUGAAAACCCUAGACCUAAAUUUCUCAAACCGUCCACCCAACGCCGGCGCCACCCACCUCGCCUACAACCGUGAGGACAUGGUGUUCGCGGAUUAUGGACCGCGGUGGAAGUUACUUAGAAAACUAAGUAACCUUCACAUGCUCGGUGGCAAGGCUCUGGAUGAUUGGUCUAAUGUCCGAGUCACGGAACUAGGGCACAUGAUUCGGACUAUGCACGACAUGAGCAGCCGUGGCGAACCGGUGGUGGUGGCGGAGAUGCUGUGCUAUUCCAUGGCCAACAUGAUAGGACAAGUGAUACUGAGCCGGCGAGUGUUCGAAACGAAGGGCUCUAAGUCGAAUGAAUUCAAGGACAUGGUGGUGGAGCUGAUGACGACGGCGGGGUAUUUCAAUAUCGGUGAUUUUAUACCUUCGAUAGCGUGGAUGGACCUGCAAGGAAUCGAGCGUGGGAUGAAGAGAUUGCAUAAGAAGUUUGAUGACUUGUUGUCAAGAAUGAUUGAAGAGCACAAUGCUUCUGCUUAUGAGCGGAAGGGGAAGCCAGAUUUUCUUGACGUUGUAAUGGCUCAUCAACAAAGUUCUGGUGAUGACAAGCUUACUAUGCCCAACAUCAAAGCACUACUAUUGAAUUUGUUCACCGCCGGCACAGACACAUCUUCAAGCAUAAUUGAAUGGGCACUGGCCGAGAUGUUGAAGAACCCCACCAUCCUGAAGCGUGCUCACGACGAGAUGGACCGGGUCAUCGGCCGUGACCGCCGUCUCGCGGAGUCCGACCUACCCAAACUCCCCUACUUACAAGCCAUAUGCAAAGAAACAUUCCGAAAACACCCCUCCACGCCCUUGAACCUUCCCCGAAUCGCAACACAAGCAUGCGAAGUGAACGGUUACUACAUCCCCAAGAACACCAGGCUCAGCGUCAACAUUUGGGCCAUCGGGCGAGACCCCGACGUCUGGGAGAAGCCCCUGGAGUUCAUCCCGGAAAGGUUUCUGGAUGGAAAAUUGUCGAAAAUCGAUCCGCGCGGGAACGACUUCGAGUUGAUUCCGUUCGGAGCUGGGAGGAGGAUUUGUGCUGGGACUAGGAUGGGAAUUGUGCUAGUGGAGUACAUUUUAGGGACGUUGGUGCACUCUUUUGAUUGGAAAUUGGCUAAUGGAAGUGGUGAGCUGAACAUGGACGAGGCUUUUGGACUUGCUUUGCAAAAGGCUGUGUCACUUUCGGCUAUGGUCACACCAAGGCUCGGUCCCACUGCCUACACAAGUGUUUAAUUAUUAAGAAUCAUUUAUGUAUGAUGUAAGGGUCUGUGACUCUCUCUGCUAAAUAAUGAUGUUUUUUCUUCUUUGGUUUCAA